AUGGAGGCCACGUCGAGCAGUCGCGAUGAGUCCGACUACGAAAGCAGCUGCUCCUCCUCCGUAGCCCCCCGGGGAUCCUGCCGGAGCAGGAUAAGCGACGUUAGCUUCAGCAGCACGAGCUCGCUCUCCGUCCGGUCCUUGGGCGGCGAAAGCGCCGCCAGCGCCGCCUACAAGCCGCACAAGGCGAACCAGGCGGAAUGGGUGGCCAUCAGGAGGCUGCAGACGGCGGCCGGCCGCGUGGGGCUCGACCACUUCAGGUUGGUGCGGCGGCUCGGCGGCGGCGAUCUAGGGAACGUAUACCUGUGCCGGCUCCACGAACCCGGGUUCGGCGGCGCUGAGUGCGCCUACGCCAUGAAGGUGGUGGACAAGGAGGCGCUCGCCGUCCGGAAGAAGCUCCAACGAGCGGAGAUGGAGAGGGAGAUUCUCGCCACCCUCGACCACCCUUUCCUGCCCACGCUCUACGCCAGCUUUGAAGCCGCAAACUAUUCUUGCUUAGUCAUGGAGUUCUGUCCUGGUGGUGACCUCCACGCCCUCCGCCAGCGCCAGCCUGGUCGUCGCUUCAGCGUCUCCUCCGCCAAGUACGCAACCCCCUCCCCACCCUCUCCCUCUCUCCCUCUCUCUCUCCUUCCCCUUCCAUGAACUCCGUGAUCUUUCUCUCUCUCUCCCCAUAGCGUCGUACCACUUUAUACCUUCCUUUCUCAUGGUAAAACGAUGGAGCAUGGCACGGGUAGUUCUCUCUCUCUCUCUCUCUCUCUCUCUCUCUCUCUCUGAGCUUUCUCCGAUAAAGGCUGGAGACGGCCAUUUGGGGGACAAUUAAACAGUUGACCGAGAGAUUCAAGGUGGACGACGGAAGUUUCUAACGGCGGGUAUGCCCUCCUCCGCCGCUCAGGUUCUAUGUGGCGGAGAUCCUGCUGGCGCUGGAGUACCUCCACAUGAUGGGAGUGGUAUACCGGGACCUCAAGCCGGAGAACGUCCUCGUCCGCGGCGACGGCCACGUCAUGCUCUCCGAUUUCGACCUCUCCUUCAAGUGCGACGUCGUCCCCAAGCUCCUCCGCCACCGCCGCCUUCCCUCCCACGGGCCCGUCGGCUCCAAGCACGGUGGCCCAGCGGGCGGCGCCGCCUCCUGCGUGCCGCCGCCCAUGCAACCUGUACUUUCCUGCUUCUACGGCAGGAAGAGAACGCCUGUUCCGAGGGCAGCAGCCCCCCGAGAAGAGGGCCUGGAAGAGACCGAGCCGGAGCUCGUCGCCGAGCCGGUCAACGCCCGGUCCAGGUCCUUCGUGGGCACCCACGAGUACCUGGCCCCGGAGGUCAUCUCCGGCACCGGCCACGGCAGCGCCGUCGACUGGUGGACCGUCGGCGUGUUCCUCUACGAGCUCCUCUUCGGGCGGACCCCGUUCAAAGGCGAGAACAACGAGAAGACCCUGGUCAACAUCCUCAAGCAGCCCCUCAGCUUCCCCCGGACGGCCGCCAACGGCAAGGACUGGGAGGACUUGGCCAGGGCUCAGGACCUCAUCAGCAAGCUCCUGGUGAAGAACCCCAAGAAGCGGAUCGGGAGCUCGAGAGGCUCGGUGGAGAUCAAGAGGCACGACUUCUUCCAAGGGGUGAACUGGGCUCUGAUCAGAUCUGUGCGCCCCCCCGAGGCGCCGCCCAGGGACUUGCAGAGGGCGAGGCCCAGGCCGUCCCCAGCGACUGAUCCUCGGAAGACGACGAUCGAGAAGGAGAAAGAGAAGCAAGAGCUGCACCACCACGAGGCUCAUCAGCAUUUCGAUUACUUCUGA